GUGCAUGUUUUGGUAGGUUGCCGCAAGGUAAACACGGUAAACAGAUGGCUGUGCUCGCGGUGCUCGUCGUUGACCCAGACGGUUGGGAAUGAUUUUUAGCUUGCCGUCGUAGUUGUACUGCUUGUUGUACUACAAUGGACGUGGCAUCCAGGUUCUCAUCAUGACCAGUGUUAAACCCUGGCAACAAAGCCAUGGCUACUGUGUUCGACCACAAUCGAAACUCGACGGGACUCAAGUUUCCCAAGAAAGAAUGGACCAGAGAGGUCGAUCGCAGCUGGGACCAGGCACUGCCGGUGCCCAAGUGGGCCAUACACUUGGGACCUUGGCUAGUGGCAGGGGCUUCAUUGGCUUGCUUUGGCCACAGCCUUGCCGGUGACUUUGUGUUUGACGACACAGAGGCCGUGGUGCACAAUGUGGACAUACAGCCAGUGAUUCCACUGCGACGCAUCUUUGAAGACGACUUCUGGGGCACCGAGUUACAGUCUGAGUCGAGCCACAAAUCUUACCGGCCCCUUACCACACUUACAUUCAAGCUCAACUACAUGCUGGCUGGAGGCCUCGUAGCUAGCCACUUUCAUGCUGUCAAUGUGGUCCUCCAUGCGUUUGUCUCGCUCCUCUCUCUGCAUCUCUUCAAGGUGCUUCUACAGGGGGCACCACGGGCCUCUCUCAUCUGUGCUCUACUCUUUGCUGUGCAUCCAGUCCACACAGAAAGCGUGGCAGCUGUGGUGGGAAGGGCAGACCUGCUGUGUGCUGUGUUCUUCAUCCUCUCCUUCCUGUCUUUCAUUCGCUCCUGCUCUUCAGGGGGUGCCUGGUCAUCAUGUGUCUGGCUCAUCACAUCUGCCUCUUUGAGCAUUGUGUCUAUGCUUUGCAAGGAACCAGGCAUUACAGUCAUAGGGUUGUGCUUCAUAUAUGAUGCAGUUAUCAUCUGUAAACUUGAUCUACACUACGUCAUCACCAGAAGAAGUGGCAUGGUUCAACUGAAGAACCAGCUUUUCCCAGCAGCCGUGCGGCAAGGCACACUUGCCAUGGUGGCCUGUGGAGCACUGGCUAUCCGCUGGAAGGUCAUGGGUUCGUCUUCACCGGUGUUUCAAAGGAUCGACAAUCCAGCUUCAUUUGAGGAGAACUUCUUUGUGAGGGUGACAAACUACAACCAUGUGUAUGCCCUGAAUGCCUGGCUGUUGCUGUGCCCGCAGUGGCUGUGCUUUGAUUGGUCCAUGGGCUGCCUGACACUCAUCCGUUCCAUCUCAGACAUCCGCAUUGCGAGCGUUGUUGCGCUCUGGCUCUCCCUAGCUGUACUCGUCAGUCAAAUGGUGCUUGCACCAGAUGCCCAGCUGCGAAGGUCUCUGUGCAUAGCACUGUCUCUGCUGGUGGUGCCAUUUCUGCCUGCUUCGAACAUUUUCUUCCGUGUGGGCUUUGUUGUGGCCGAGCGGGUGCUCUACCUUCCGAGUAUGGGCUUCUGCUUGCUGGUUGUUCUCGGAAUGGCACGGUUCGCUGCAGCUUUGCCCCAACACCGCCAGGUCUUGCGGUACUGUCUCAUAGUGCUACUGCUGGUUUUCACAGUUAGAAGCAUACAGAGGUGUCAUGAGUGGACAAAAGAAUCCUCACUCUUCGAGUCUGGUCUCAAAGUAUGUCCAGGAAAUGCCAAGGUGCACUACAACUUUGCCAAGAAUGUGGGUGAUAGUGGAGACCGAGAGGGGGCCAUUCAGGGCUACCGGGAAGCGCUGCGCCUGCACCCUGACUACGACCAGGCGAUGAACAACCUGGCAAACAUCCUUCGGGAUGUGGGACAACUGCAAGAGGCACAAGCUUUGCUCCACAGGGCCGUCCAGCUCAGGCCAGAUUUUGCAGCUGCCUGGAUGAACCUAGGCAUUGUUCAGAGCAGUCUAGGCUUGCUGGAUGACGCUGAGCAGAGCUACCGAACUGCCAUAAGCCACAGAACCAAGUAUCCAGACUGCUACUACAAUCUUGGAAAUCUGUACUUGGAGCAGAAGCGCUAUGAAGAUGCUUACCGCGCGUGGCGCAACGCUACUCGACAGCGGCCAACACACCUCGUCUCGUGGAACAACCUUGUCCUCAUGCUGGACCAGAGGGGUCAUGCCUCCGAUGCUGAGCGUGCUGCACUGCAGGCUCUGAGGCAUCUCCCCCAUGAACCGGCCCUGCAUUUCCAACUGGCCAACAUUCUGGGAAAGGCAGGAAAAUACCAGCGCUCGGAGCAGCAUUUCCUGGCCGCCAUUCGAUUUAGUCCGGACAAUCCCAGCUAUCACACCAACCUUGGUGUGCUCUACCACCGCUGGAAGAAAUAUGACCAGGCAGAGGAGCGCUACCGACGUGCACUGAAGCUCAAGCCUGACCUUAAAAGUGCCCGAGACAACUUGAACAUGCUGCUGCAGCAAACGAGGCUGCAGGCUGUUGAAGCAAAACGUUGAUCCAAGCAUUGAAAGCCACAGUGGUUGAGCAAUGAAGGAUGCGCGCAUUGCUUUGGUCACACGCUGUACAUGUUAGUCUCUCGGUUUAGCAAGCAUCACAUUGAACCUUCUCUACAAAUGUAGUCACACAAAUGACUAAUGAACAGCGAAUUUCAAAUGAUGAUGUUUUAACAAGUUACAUACAUUAUCACUUACUGCGUAAAGGAUCUCUUAUGGAUACUGUGAACUUUAUACCAGGCAAACUGAUAUUGAGGCUUCUGGAAUAACUUUGAUUGUGCACAAUUUGAGCUCAUUCACAACGUUUUAACUGCUGCAGAAAUGAAGCUACAUUGCUGGUGGCUAAGCCGAGUGCUAGAUGAAAAAGAAAGAAAGAGACAUGGUCUGUUUUAUUUUUAUAGGCCUUCUUCUCCAGUCGAGAACCAUUUUGAAAUGAUCAUCACUGGCACUCAUUGUGUGAUCUUGUCUGGUUGAACUUUUUAAGUUUUACAGCACAAAUGGUAGUUUCAUCUGAUCUUGAGCAGUCGUACAAACACUUGAGCAAGUAUACUCUCUUCAAAUGAGUCAAAUCUGGCUGUGGCCAAGCAGACUGCACCACACCAUAUCCUGAUGGAAUUUACCAUGCGUUGCUGGUUCUGGAAAUACUAUGCAGUAGUGCAUGCAGGCUGUAUAUGCUGGUCAAGGCAUGGUAAUGUGAGUGUCACCACUUGCACAUUCUGCACUGCAUGAAAUGGCUAAGCUCUACAUUGACAGAAAAUGCAGCCAUCAUGCAAGAACAUGAGUGGCGUUUUGCAGCACUGUUUAUUUAAGAUAAGGCAAAACAUACCUGAUAUGCUGAGAAAGGAUUGAAUGUAUGACUGAACCCAUGGGCCGAGACUGUAGAGAGCACUUUGAGUGCACAGGUAGUUCAUCUUAAAGAGCCCUUGUGUAGUUGCAGAACUGCCUGCCAAUCAACCAGUGCAACGCACACAGCUGUGAAGCUGAACAAAUGUGCUUGCAAAAGAAAUGCAUGGUGUGCCUAUGGAAGCAAUAUAGCUCUUUGAUAAGAUGGUUUUUACUUUGACCAUAUGUUGGAUACCAUUGUCAAACCCAGUGCAAAGAAUCACGUUACAUACAUUCUGUGCUCUAAAUGAUCUGAGAUAAGGUUCUUACAUAUAAUACUCAGAGCAGAAGUCAUUCCCACCCCUUGUAAAUUCAAUGCAUUUUAAUGUGUAAUAAGGCUCAUGGAAUCACACGUGGCAAAGGAACUAAGUUAACAUUCGACAUGUUAAGUUGCUCGAGAGAACCAUGUGGUGUCGCUAAAAGUCUGGUCUCUAAAAGUGAUAUUCAUAGAAGUGAUAUAUAAGAGUCACAAUUGUGCCGAUGUCACAUGAACUGCAGUUGGCAAAAAUGUAAUUGUGCACAAUAAUUAGCCCUAAGUUAAUGCGUUUCAUUCUAUGAGCGCUGUACAGUCAUGGAUGAAUGAAAUGUUAAGAAGACAUUACAAUGUCGAACAGUUCUGGCAUGCGAUGGGUUGAGAGCAUUAUCGCACACUGCUUUCUAUCAGGUUGUCAGAGAGAGUUCAGGCGUCACAGUAACCUUGUAGCCAAAAUCAGACCUAACAUUAUAUGUGCUGGUGAAAACAAAACUAAAAGGAUGUGUUUUAGUCAGCUGUAACUUUUUUGUGUAUCAAUUGUCUAUGACCGUAUGUGCUUUUUAAGUUGUCCUGGCUGCAUGUGGGGUCUUUUUUUCCUAUUUGCGUGCAUGUGUGUAUUCUAUGAGUGUGAUGUUGCGGAUUAUGUGCCAUGUGUUCAACUGUUGUAAUUCUCUCACUUUUUUUGCGGCUGGGUCUAGUAUGUUUGCCUUCUAGAGAACAAUAUGCGAACAUUUUUCACGAUCUUGAUGCAUCAGUUCCGCUAAACCAUUAAUUAGAUGCAUGUGCUGCAUGAAUCUCUUGAUAUUCUGCUUGUGAUUAAUGUUGUUCCACUUCUCUUACACAUUUGUCCUCAAGCUUGUCUUGUUUGAAACAAAAGGAGAACGAGACCACAGUACAGGCCGUCAAGCUCUUUUUCACAAAAGGGCCGAUGUUAGUGUGGCGCUACCAUGCCAAGAGUCCCAUGACCUUCUCAGUAGUUUGUGGUACAAGAGCAUUCUCGAUGAUUUUCUUCUGAAGUCUCUAAAAGCAAUAAUGUUGCAAAAGUUUUUGUCCAUUCAGGGAGCAUAUAAUGCAGCCAAUCUGUGUCAUUAUGUAGCAUUGUCACCUGCAGAAAUCAACAAUUAUUCUUUAAUUUUUUAUUAUCUCGUUGCACCAACUUCUAGCAACUGUGAAAGUAAUAUGUAAAUAUUGUAAGAAAAGCACAUUAUUUAACCAUAUUCCGUAAUGCACCUUUAACUGUGCCUCCUUUAAACCAAGGAGAGACGUGCAAAAUGGCAGUGUGCAAAAUGGCAGUGUUGUUGAUUCUAUGCUGUAGGUUACUGCAACGAUACAGGCAUUUAUGUGCUUUAAAGGGCCCCUAAACCACCCAGAGGUUGAAAUUUAGUUGUAGUGCGACAGUUGUGCACGAAUCUAUAACAAACACGUAGCCAUGAGAAUUUUUCGGAAUGGUGUUGUAAUAGUGGAGGUACAUGCGUUUGAUGAUCGAAACACUGCCAUCGCUCGUUUCACUGCUUCCUUCGCUACCCUCCACUCGUCUGCUGGUCUCCUCUCCCAAAGCCACUUUGCUCUCCUCGCCGAGUGCCCCUUCCAAUCUCACGUGACAUACCGUCAUUGCUGAUGCAUACUUCGAAACAGCGGGCACUUCCGGUUGCUGCGACUCCGUGAACUCCGUGCUUCUCGGCUAACCGCUGUUGUCGUGCCGGCCCGUGCUCGUACGAAUUGUGCCGCUAUGGACCCUGUGUUGCGCGCAUGCCUUCAAAGGAUCGCCAACAUGAUGAACCCGUACGGUGACACGUGUCGCGUCUUUUCGUUUUUCCAGUCGGCGCUUUUGCAGCCAAGCACUGAUGCGUAAAAGCCAUUGCAAAGCACUUGUCGGAUUCAGUCCGUGCAGCUUAUCAGACCGCGAGGCAUGACUGUGCUGGUAUGCUAGCGAUUUGGCAGUUGCCGAUUCACAAGCGUGCACACGCGGGCAACACGACGAAGAACAGCAAGGAGCGCGGGUAGCUGCUUUGCAGACUAAUCGGAAGUCGUAGGUUCUUGUUCGACCAAUCACAGCAUCGCCUGCAUACUGCAUCACAGAUUCAACACAGUGACGUCACACACGUCACUAGCCAGACCAGAAGGGUCCAGAGAGGAGAAGAAAUUGUUUCUCGGAACUUGUGGCGCGCCCGCGGCUUGUAGCGCUGCCAUGUGUGGCAUUGUUGAUCGUGACGUCAUUCUGCACGCGAUGCCCGUGUUUAAUUGAAAUGUUUGAAAAAAUAUCAGAGGUGGUUUAGGGGCCCUUCAAAGGGCCAGUAAACAGGCUCUUGCUUUUCUUUUUUACAUCUCCCAAACAAGCUCGCCAAUUCAUGCAGACAGCUGUGGCGAUCACAUUUUAUGAAUAGCACAGUGUUGCAUGCUGCACAAGACACUCCAUUUCAAAAAUGCAUCACCUCAAUUAUGAAUGAAACACCUCGUUCAUGAAUCACCAGCUGGCCCAAUUGUCCACUUUGAUUCAAAAGACAAUUCCUGCAUCCCUCCCCAGUGCCUGUCCAAUCCUCCUCAUACGCACAGUGAUGUAAUCUUGCCAUGGGCAACAUUACAUUGCACUCGCUUCAUCGAUUAGUCCUCUGCACAAUGAGACUGCGCCUUGGCCCUCCUGUGAUGCGGUUUUGUCCACACAUUUACCGCGCUUCUUCACCGCGCCGCUAAGGUGACCCUAGCGCCGUUCCGACACAAGUGACACGUGGAGGAAGCCUUGCUCGGUCGUUGCCUCCAUGCUGAGUUACGUUGCCGAAAUGGGCGUAGUCACGACAGCGGGCUACACCUACUCUCUUGGCUGCCGAGAAGGGUGCACAGGCCGAGCGAGAAACCAAAACCAGCCAAAGUGGGUUGUUCUAUACCCUGUAACUUCAUUACUACAGCACCUAAUCGCAGAAUUCUUGCAGCAGCAUGUUCACAUCGUACAAAUGCGUAGUUAUCGCUUCAUCACCCAUUUUGGACCCCUGGGUUGUUUACUCGCCCUUUAAAAAAAGGGAUAGUCAAGUUGAGCUGGUUUGGUAAGCCAUGUUUCUGUAAUACGAAAAUGAGCAGUGUUAUUGUGAUUAGAGGUUUAUGUUUUAUAGAAAGCUUAGGCAAGUGGGUAUGGGUUCAUCUUCAAAAAAGCACUUUGAGCAAGGGCAUGUGUUCUAUCUUAUUUUUUUGCUUUCGCCUAUUCAGAGUUGAAUCAGAGUGGAGGCUUGGCAGGCCAGAAAACAUACAAGACAAACUACAGAUGCCACAUUCAAGUCCCCACAUUUCGAUCCCUGGUGUCAGGAUUUCUGUCAGCCUCUGAUCAGGAUUUGAUGUGCAAUAAGUAUAUCUCAUUAUAGUGAAACCAAAGGUGGAACUUAGCAAGCUUUCAUAACUUGCAUACACAAAAACAACAAAAAAAGUGAUCCAUUAUUUUGGCUCACCACAGUAUGUGCACAGAGGACAAGUAACCUGGCCAGACUUGUGCUUGUAUAAACUUAGCUUCGGUACAUGGCAGCACAGCCUCAUAAUGGAUACUUCCAGUUUACAUGUUUGACAGAAUUCUCUCUGCCAGGGGUAUAAUAGGUGAUGAUAUUCAGUGGAGCUAGUGAACACCGAGUCUGCAAAUGGUUCAAUGACGGCAUGCCUAUGAAACAGAGAAGCCACGUCUUAAGCAUAUAAAGUAAACUAUGGUGAAAUAGGUCCACUUAUAGACAUCUUCGCUGAAGAAUCGGUUAUUUCAUUUACGAACUAUCCUUUAUGGCAUGGCAACCAAACUAAGUGGACUCUUCUCAAGUGCACGGGCACUAGUGCAUGAAACACCGUUAUCACAUGCAAGUCGGCACCAGCAAAAAUUCGGAACAGAGAGAGAGCAAAAUAAUUGAUGUGUUUAACCCCUGUAGUGCAAGCACCAGAGUCGUAAAUUCGGCCACAGAAACUUGUAUGAAAUCUGGUAGUCAAACAUAAUAAGACCAGUCAGGAGUCUGGCUAAAAGUACCAGCAUCUGACUUUUCGUCACACUGUGAUGCAUCCAUCGCUUUAAGGUUGUUCUUGACACUAACAAAUGUAACCAAGUCUUUCACUUCGUCGUUUUGAUUAAAGAGGUACUUGCGCUCGUAUAAUUGCACCAAACAUGAUUCGUGCCACAACUCUAGAGAGCACUGAUGCGAAGAAAAAAAAAUGUGAUUCCUGCAAUGCUCAAAUGCUGCUUUUAAAGUUUGAAUAGUUGCAAUAAGUUUUUCCUUCUUUACAUGCAACACGUUUUUUUUUCUCUCCUUUUACCAUGUAAGUGAUCGUGCUCUUUUCUUGUCUGCUAUGUUCUGUUUUCCUAAAAAGAAGACAGUGUAGUGUAUUAGGAGGCACUGACGUAUCUAUAGAACUCAUCUGCAUGCCCUUCACUACAGCAUUUACACUAGCAUAUGUAUUGGGCGUCAUGUUUAAAUCCACGCUUCUGUUAGUGAACUGUGUCAUGCACUGCAUAGUUGCCUUUAAAUUUUAGCACCUUAUUUUUGCACGUAUUCAUAAGAUCAGCAUUUCGUCAUCUUUAGUUGUGUGCCACAUGUUCCAGUGCUGCAUGAUCAAUCUGUCUGUUGUACAGCUGUAAUAUCGAAAUGUUCGCCAGUCUUUCUGCGUGAUCCUCGUGUGAAAAGUUGGAAAUAUUUUGUAAGAAAAUUUUUUAAGAGUCCAGUAGCAAUAGGAGGUUGUUUGAUGUUCUUCCAGUGUGGAGAUACUGAUAAGUCCUGCGACAUUUAAUGUUAGAUUCUUGCACAUAUCACCGUGAUUAAUGUCACAAUGCACAAUCAGAAAACUUUCACAUAUCACUGUUGAUGUUUUCCCUCUGUUGCCUACCUCGACCGUGUGUGUGCUCAAAACAAUGUACGUGUUGCACCUCGUUAAAAUGGUAGAUGUGUGUUAAAGCACAGCAGUGUUCGGAACGUUUCCUCCCGAAUAAAA